CAGACGCCAAAACUUUCCAUUACAGCCGAUUCAUCUCCAUGUGAAAAUUUUCCUUUCCCCCCACUUUUCUGGGCAAGCAAACAAAAUGCAUCUAUCCAUGGAAACUUUAAAGCCUUUCUUUCCAUUUCCAUUGAACCCAACACCAGGACUCGCCACUUUUUGGCGCGAAGCCCCUCCUGUUUCGCUCUCUGUUCGUCUGAAUGAUCGAAAAGCCCAGAAUCCAACAAUCAGUAAGCAAGUUCUUGGCGCCCAACUCCAGAUUCCAGAUGGGUUUUCUCCGAUCGUAAUCAGUAUGUCAAAAAAUUGAGGCAAUGUGAUGAUUCUUCUGGAUGUUUUUGUCUUCUAGGAAUGAACCAAGCCAGAAUCAUGAGAAACUGCUGUCUACAGGCCAAAGUUAUGCUCAAGCUGGUAUUGAAACCAACCUUUUCUUUAUCUGCUCAUGAGGAACUGCCUUGCUUUUCUGCUUGUACAAGUCAAGUCUGCUCAAGCAAUGAAGAUUGAGAAGGUUUUUGAAGAAGCUGUAUAUCUUUUCCUCUGAUUUUGUUUAAGAUCAUCACGCUUUCAUUCUUCGAAGUACACGAUCAGUUGCUCAGAGAACUUGAUUUCGAUCUAAAUCAAGUAACAUUAGGUGUGGAUAGAUAAACAUGAGAACAAUGGCAGACAAUGGCAUGGAUUUUCAAAUAGAGACCGAUUCACUCCUUGGACUAAGUGAGUCUGGGAAGCUGACACCGGACUCUCCUCGAGUGUUGUCAAUUCUUUCCUCCGUUCUUGAGAGGUCGGUUCAGAAGAAUGAAAAACUAUUGAAAAAACUCAAGAAGAAAGACACUAUUACAAUUUUCCAUGGCUCUCGAGCUCCCACCAUGAGCAUUGGUCGAUAUAUCGACCGCAUCUUGAAGUACACAUGCUGUGGCACUCCUUCCUUAGUUGUUUCCUACAUAUAUAUUGAAAGGUAUCUUCAAAAGAUUGAUGCUUACCUAACUUCUUUAAACGUACACCGCCUUCUGAUCACAAGCAUCAUGGUUGCAGCAAAGUUUACGGAUGCCGGGUGCUAUAACAAUAGUUUUUAUGCCAAAGUAGGAGGAGUGAGCACAACAGAAAUGAACAGAAUGGAGAUUGAAUUUCUGUUCAGUUUGGACUUCAGACUUUAUGUCACUGCAGAUGUCUUCAGGGCUCACCGUCUGCAGCUCGAAAAGGAAGGCCUUGGGGAAAACCAAACCGAUCUUCGAGCAGCUAACAAAACUCGGACUAAAUGUUUACCUCAAAUUGCAGCCUAUACUUGCAGAGCCAUUUGAAAUCAAAAGCUCUCUCUCUCUCUCUAAGUUUCAUGGUUAGUCUAUGUUCAACCUCUGGAGUUGUAUGGAAACUUUUGAAAGCUUCAAUUUUGAACCAAACCCAGAAAGUAAGUAGAGCCAAUGGGAAGACGAAAAGAUGGGAUUGUAGAGAUUCAAUGGAAAAUUUUUCUGAUGAACUUGAAUAUCUUAUAAUUCAAUAAUGAUUGUUUGAGACUGGA